AUGUCCAGCCAGAACGAGGGUAUCCCCCUCCACCUCCAUCCGCACGAUGCUGGCUACCGUCUCAUCGAGCUUCCCCCAGAGCUCGAGUCCAUGCUCGAGUCGGAGACGGCGCCCGUUCUCACCCUCGAGUCCUCGGACACGUCGGCAGUCCUCAAAACACCCAGCAAGUCGUACACCCUCCGCCAAAAGAAUACGUCCAAUUCUCUCAUCCUGCUCUCGUCUCCCUCCUCCUCCUCCUCGCCGGAACCAGGGCUCUCCGCCAUAGCGACGAUUCAUGAGACCGUCGAGUUGGAUCCCAUCCCAGACACUCCCGCAAAUCAGGCUCCUUUGAAGGACACGGGUAGCAGAGGGAAAUGGCAUGAGAAAUUUGGCAAGGGCAGGUGA